CGACUAUAUCAAACCAGAACAGCGUUGCCAUGCGGGUUUAUAUAGAUUCAGGCAACUCACAGUUUUGGAAGAGAGAUUUGAACGAUUGUUGAUCUCGAUCUCUCAUUUUGUUUUAUUUUAUCAGUAUAUAGAAUUACUGGCAAGUUUCCGAUGGCUGAUCACCAAAGAAUCCAUCCGGUCCAGGAUCCAGAGUUGGCACAGCCUCAGACACCGACUGAUCCAUUAGUGCCACGGGGUUCCUCAAGAUCCGACAAAGGGGACCCGAUAGAGUACCAACCUCUUCGACGCACCCUCCCAGUUGUGCACUCCAAGCCACCCAAGAGGAGAAGCUGUUGCUGCAGGUUCCUCUGUUGGACACUGUCCAUCCUUUUGCUCCUAGUGAUUGCUGUCGGGGUAACUGCUGGUAUCUUGUACCUGGUGUUCCGACCGAAGCUCCCAAAAUACUCAAUUGAUGGCCUGCGAAUAACUCAGUUCAAUCUCAGCAACGAUGACAGCUUAUAUGCCACCUUUAGUGUGAACAUUACUGCUAGGAACCCCAAUAAGAAAGUCGGGAUCUACUACGAGGGAGGCAGCCGCAUAACUGUUUCAUACACGGGGUCGCAACUCUGCGAGGGGGCGCUACCAAAGUUCUACCAGGGCCACAGGAAUACAACUGUGCUUCAAGUGCCUCUAACGGGACAAACCCAGAAUGCCAGUGCGCUGCUCCUGUCAUUGCAGCAGCAGCAGCAGCAGACUGGUGUCAUCCCUCUGAACCUUAGGGUCCGACAGCCGGUGAGGAUCAAGCUUGGCAAGCUGAAGCUCCCAAAGUUAAAGUUCUCAGUCCGAUGCAGGCUUGACGUGGACAGCCUCUCUGCUCAGAAUGUCAUUAGAAUAACGAGCAGUAGCUGUAAGUUCAGAUUUAGGCUAUAAAUUAUACAAGACGAAAUAUUCCCGGAGGCUCGGCCGACUGGCUUGCGCACAGCACAGAGGCAGUGACCCAUUAUUCAGGAUAGCUACUAUACUUACCACCUGAUGCCAUGUCAAACUGCCCUAUUAUUUAUUUCUCCAUUUUUCUCGAGGUUAUAAGGUUUCAGUUUUUGUUUUCAAUUUCUCUUUGCCAUUGUUCACAGCCAUAUAAUAAAGGUAUACCACCCUCACUGUACAUUUUCA